ACCCCGUGUCCCGCCAUGGCGCUGGCCGCGGCGCUCGGCGAGGCCACCCAGGCGCUGUGCGCGGCGGGCGGCGGCCUGGAGCUGGACGAGCUGCGGAAGCGGCUGCGCGCGGACGAGAGGACGCUGGCGGCGCUGCUGCGGGAUGGCGGGCGGCUGGCGGUGGCGACGCGGGGGCCCGGGGGCCGGGCGCGGCGCGUGGUGCUGGCCGUGACCAAGCUGCGUCUCUGCCGCGGGCCCCAGGGCCGCCGGACGGCCUGCGCCGGGCUCUGCGCGCAGCUGCACCUCUGCAAGUUCCUGCUCUACGGGGCGUGCAAGUUCCAGGAGUCCGGGAAGAGCUGCAGGAAUGGCCACAGCCUGAUGACUCUGCACAACCAGGGCGUGCUGAGGGCCCACGGCGUAGACCACCUCAGCUUCAGUGAGCUCUGCCAGCUGUUGUUCCAGAAUGACCCCUGGCUCCUGCCCGACAUCUGCCUUCAUUACAAUAAAGGCGACGGGCCCCACGGCUCCUGCACCUUCCAGACAGAGUGCAUCAAGCUCCACAUCUGCCAGUACUUCUUACAGUGCGAGUGCAAGUUUGGCGCGAGCUGUAAGCGAUCCCACGACUUCUCUAGCCCUGAGACGGUGGUGAAACUGAAGAAGCUGGGCAUGAGCCCCGACCUGGUGCGCAGGCUGCCUGCCAUUUACAGGAACGCACAUGACAUCAAGAAUCAGGGGUCCGUCCUGGAUACCCCACUCCCGGGCCCUCAGGCGACCUCUGAAAGAAGAAACAGUUCAGGUUCUGGGCCCCCAAACACUCCCAACCAAGAGGAGAAGGCUCAGAUCUGCUUGUACCACAUCUGGAAAACUUGUAGCUUCCAAGACAAGUGUCAUCGAGUCCAUUUCCAUUUGCCCUAUCGCUGGCAGUUCUUGUAUGGAGGCAAGUGGAAGGAUUUGUACGAAAUGGAGCUUAUUGAAGAGGCGUACAGCAACCCCGGAAGAGACAGGGUCUCCUGUGCCGAGUCAGCUGAUAAACUUAUUGUUCAUUGGCUGUGCUUUGACUCCAUGAAGUUUGGCACCUUCCCGGCUCGCCGCCUCUCCACGGCCUCCUCAGCCACCAAGCCACCGUACUUCAUUCUCACCACCGACUGGGUGUGGUACUGGACUGAUGAGGCCGGUUCUUGGCAGGAAUAUGGAAAACAAGGCACAGGGCACCCCGUGGCCACGGUCAGCAGCAGCGAGUUGGAGAAAGCCUACCUGGUGUACUGCACAGCCAGCUCCGACAGCCAGGUGGCCACUCUGAAGUUCAAGGCUGGGAAGCAUGAAUAUGAGUUAGAUUUCAAAGCCUUUGUUCAGAAAAACCUGCGCAGUAGUACAAUCAGAAAGAUUUGCCGGAGACCCAAAUACGUGUCCCCACAGGACGUGAAGAUGAAGCAAACCUGCAAUGUCCAGUUUCAAGGCCCAAAGAACAUCCCAGACUAUUGGGACCCUUCUGCCCUGCCAGACCUGGGAUUUAAGAGGAUAGCUCUCAGCCCUUCCUCGGAGGAGUACCAGAAGGUCCACGAGCUCUUCAGCCGCACGCUGCCCUCCUACCUGAUCCAGAAGAUCGAGCGUGUGCAGAACCUGGCCCUCUGGGAAAUCUACCAGUGGCAGAAGGGUCAGAUGCAGAAGAGGCGCGGGGGCGAGGUGGUGGAUGAGAGGCGGCUCUUCCACGGCACCAGUUCCUGUUUCGUCGACGCCAUCUGCCAGCAGAACUUCGACUGGCGCAUCUGCGGGCUCCACGGCACCUCCUACGGCAAGGGUAGCUACUUCGCCCUGGACGCCGCGUACUCCCACCACUACAGCAAGGCCAGUGGGCAGUCCCACAUGAUGUUCUUGGCCCGAGUGCUGGUGGGUGAGUUCGUCCGCGGCUGCGCCACCUACGUGCGCCCACCAGCCAAGGAGGGCCAGAGCGACGUCUUCUACGACAGCUGCGUGAACAGAAUGUCUGACCCGACCAUCUUUGUGGUCUUCGAGAAGCACCAGGUCUACCCGGAGUACCUCAUCCAGUACACGACCAGCGCCUCACCCGCAGCUGCCAUCCCGCUUCCCCAGGCCUCCGACGGGGGUGGGCUACGCGCCAGCCUCCUGGGGUUGUUCCACCGCUGAGGCAGCCUCCCCUGACGCGCAGGUGGUUGCGGAUGUGCUGUGUGGUUUUUUUUUUAACAAAACAAUUUUAAUGAACUGUUUGUACGAUGUUGUCUUCUCAAUGAUGGUAGUUUCCACUUUUACGUGUCCCCCAUUUGGGCUCUGGAGCAGCCUCCCAGUAGGCCUGUGGUUGCCUUUUAACAAUGUGUCUUAAAAUUUUAUGUUUUACUCUCAUUGUUGGCUUGCUGCUCGUUGGUACCGGGCUCAGAUUUCUAGAAAGGGUUUUAUGGAGUAGCUUUACCUUUUAGGAUUUUCUGUCUUUACUGUGAUCCUGGGCCUCUGUGGCAUCUGCUUUGAUUUUUUUAGUCCGGCAGUUGCUACUGGACCCUGCGAACUUAGUGAGGCUGAGGGGACGCAGUCCGGCUGCCCACUGCUCAGGCUAACCUGGCUGCUUCGCUUGGGCUUCUGGCCUUGGAACUGGACUGUGUCUCAUUGUCUGAACAAGUGGCUGCUGUGUGGUGUCCCCGAGUCUUGAGGGUGUCCUUUGUCCUGGUGGGCCAGCCAUUACUUCCACGAAGUGUGUUCACCUGGCAGGUGACACGAAUGAAUGGUGGCCCUGAGGACCACCGCUUGGUUUGGGUAUGCAUCCUGCAUCUCCCUGGCACACUGAACAGCCUGAGUGUGGGCUGUACGGCCCAGGGAGAUUGGAGUCCCAGUGCUGUAAAUGUCACAUAAAACUUGGAAAUAAAGGGCUUACCUAAGUGGGCAGAGACUGCA